AUGUCAACAGACUGUCAGGCAGUUAAAGUGAAAGCAACUGGAAUUAAUUCAGAAAAGUGUGAAGUAAUGUACUUUAAGAGGUCUAACGAGACCAGGAAUUACACUAUGAAUGGUCGGAUCCUGGAAAGUGAUGGUCCAUUUCCAGGGAUCGUUGAUCUGUACGGGUCAGUUGGUGGGAUAGUUGAGCACCGAGCUAGUCUCUUGGCAAACCAUGGAUUUCUGACACUGGCUUUAGGGUAUUUGAGCUUUGAUGACCUCCCAAAGGAUUUUACAAAUCUUGAUCUGGAAUAUUUUGAAGAAGCUGUGAACUUCUUGAGAAGCCAUCCAAAGGUUAAGGGUCCAGGAGUUGGAGCAAUAGGAAUUUCAAAAGGAGGAGAUCUAGUUCUAUCAAUGACCACAUUUUUGCAACAUGUGAUAGCAGCAGUUAGUAUUGGUGGAUGCAAUGCUAACACAUUGGGGAACCUGCACUACAAAAACAUCACUCUUCCUGGUCUCGGUGUUACUUUAGAAAGAGUCAAAUUUUUAGAAUCCAAGCUGAUUGAUAUCUCUGAGGUGACAAAUAACCCAAUGGAGGAAGAAAACAAAGAUUGUGUUAUCCCAGUUGAAAAGGCUGAGGGGCACUUUUUCUUUGCGGUUGGAGAAGAUGACAAGAAUUGGAGAACUCCACUCUAUGCUCAGCAGGCUGUUGAAAAACUGGAAGAAAAUGGCAAAACAAAUUAUGAACUUAUUACUUAUCCUGAGGCUGGACAUCUCCUGGAGCCCUCAUAUUUUCCAUUUUGCUAUGCUUCUUUUCAUCGGUUGGUGGGACAGCCUGUGGUAUGGGGAGGGACAAUGAAGCCACAUGCACUGGCACAGAUAGAUCUGUGGCCAAAGAUCCAGUCAUUUCUACGAAAACAUCUUGAACUUCAGAACUAGUGGUGAAACUAUUCAGUCUUCACAUUCCAAAGUUAGCAAAUAAAUUGUGUUUUUUGGAUUUACAUUAAUCCAAGUUAAUUUGUCAUAAGUUAGCAAAACAGAUUUCUUUUUAUAUAAUUGUAUUUUACUCCACAUUUAAAUAUGUUUUAAAUAUUGUUUUGCAAUGCAAAAAUUGUAUUUGUUACUUACUGAAUUCCAAAGCUCCGCCGUAAUUUUUAACUGCUACUUAUACUUUAGCAAUGACAUUUGACUGAGUAAAAUUUUAUAGAGCGAAACAAUUUUUGAAUUAAAUGCAAGAUUUUCUGUAUGAAUGCCAUUUCUCAAGUGCCUCAGGAUAAACAGAAUUUCAGUGUUGGUCCUUGAAGUUUUGAAACUAAAUAUUAGGGAUUGGUAAAUACCAUUAGCUUUUUAUCAAUUUAACAUGAAUGAAUGUAAAAUCAUGAACUGGAGAAUUUAGAAACAGAAAACCCCCUCCCAGCUGAAUAGCAUUCAAUGUAAAAUAUUCACCAGUAUAUAUUGUUUGAAGCCUAACAGAUGAAUUUUCUCUCCCUUUCUUUCAUCAAUAAAUGUGAUUUUUAAAAAA